AUGAAGACAGAUGUGCUACAGUUCCUCAUAUUAUUAGUUUCGGGAUUAUUCAGUGUUGUGACCGGAUUUAUAUUGGAUUUGGCUAUAACUAACCAGUCGUUCAAAUCAAUUGAAGGAUUAGUAGCUUUGAUUCCGGCACUUAUGGGUUUGAAAGGUAAUCUUGAGAUUACAAUGGCUUCAAGAAUGUCCACAUUAUUCAACAUUAGAUAUGACUCGGUUUCGUGGAAAGAGGUCACCAUUGAGAUCGUCAAUGAUAUGGUUUUGGUUCAAAGUCAAGCAACUGUUGUGUCAAUAAUAGCAGCAAUUUAUAUAAUAGUCACUAAAGGUUUAUGGCAUACAAACAAAAUUAUAACUAUUUGUACGCUAAGUAUAUUGACAUCUAAUUCAACAUGUCUUGGAUUGGGUUUACUUAUCUCAUUGAUAAUUAUAGCUACAAAAAACUUUGGUCACGAUCCGGAUGAUUUCAGUGGACCCGUUGCCUCUUCAAUGGGAGAUUUGGUAACUGUUUUAGUAAUAAUAUGUUUUGCAUUUUUGCUCAAAAUCACCCAUAAAGUCGACGAAUUGCCAAUUGAAGCCAUAACUGCUGUAUUCUUCUUCUUAAUUCUGGAACCGAUUUUGUUAUAUUUGUCGUUCAAGAAUAGCACAACUCGUCAUAUAUUGCUAUACGGAUGGACUCCAAUAAUAGUGUCAAUGAUUAUAUCAGAAACAAGUGGUUUACUUCUUGAGAAAGCCAGUCAUAAAUAUAAAUCAUUUAUUUUAUUUCAGCCAUUAUUUAAUGGAUUUAUAGGUAAUUGUGUGGCUAUACAAGCGUCCAGAAUUGCCACAUCAUUGCAUAGAAUGGGAGACAUCGGAACCGUUUCUCACGACUUCGAUGUCUGUGUUUCUCCAUAUUAUGUCUUCUGUUCUAAAAAAAAUGUAAACUCGAGGACAACAUGUGUACUAAUAGUGAGUGCCAUUCCCUGCAAAAUACUAUUCAUAUUAUUAAUAACGAUUACCGACUUUAUGGGUACAUCACUACUAAUACUACUUUACUAUUUACUCGGAAUACUCGGAGAUAUAAAUGCAGUGCCAAUUGUUUUAUAA